AUGCCCCUGAAGGAUUUUCUCAAAAAGAAGGAGAAGAUUGAUGACACUGCCACACCGCUACCACCGCCUCUGCCCCAGGCCCACGAAUUCACCUUUGUUCGCACCGACACCAACACCGAAGAGUUCAUCAGACCUCCUGCAUAUGAGGACGAGCGAGAAGUUUCCGCGGCCACCAGACGCUCCUUUGGUCGAUUUCGCAAGAGCGUCAGUCCCGCAGCUUCGGACAGUUCUUCGCCAGAAAAAGAAAAGAAAGAACACAGAAGGAUUUCCCAGCGUCUGCAUCUGAGCAAAGACCGUUCCGCUAGCACCAGUUCCGUCAACUUACCUUCCGACCUCCCGGCUAUUGAGGAUGCAUAUAUUGAAUCUGGUGACCGUCAGGAGAAAGAGGCCAAAUGGGAGGAACGGGCCACUAUAUUGGCCAGUAAAAGCCCUGUCAUUCCUGCCCGACCUUUGACAGGGGACUUGGAAAAUCUCCACUUGGGUUCGCCAGCACCAUCUCCUUCGCGACCUCGCAGCAUCAAUGAUCCAGACAGUGACAUUGAUAUUCAGAAGGCCAUCCAACUGCACGAAUCUGGUGACCUUGAGCAAGCAACCGAAAUGUUCCGGAAACUCGCCGACUCCGGCAAUGUUUUAUCUCAAGUUCUCUAUGGACUGUCUCUUCGACAUGGUUGGGGUUGUCAGCCUGAUCCCGCCCAGGCCGUCACCUAUCUGUCAGCCGCGGCAUCGAAUUCGGCUACUAUUGAAUCAGAUGCUUUGAGAGCUGGGAUGAAAAAGGGAGGGGCGGCAAAGGGUGAACUUGUCCUCGCCAUCUUCGAAAUGGCAAACUGUUUCCGACAUGGCUGGGGAGUUCCCAUCGACAAAGUCGCAGCAAGGCAUUAUUACGAGACAGCGGCAAAUCUGGGAGACACGGAUGCCAUGAACGAGGCCGCUUGGUGUUACCUCGAAGGAUUUGGGGGCAAGAAAGAUAAGGUGAGUUUCCCUCCUGUCUCUUGA